UUCCGGCAACAAGGCGGAGCCUGGAAAUCUAAAAACAGAUAUUCCCAAUAAAAGCCGAAUUUCUACCUAAUUCUGCUUCACAUUUUCAAUCGAAUUGAUCCAACAUCUUGUUGAGUGCCAUUGGCACUAAAAAACUUUAAAAAUGGAUGAUUUUGAAGCACGGAAAUAUGAAAUUGAUGUCAAGUUGGAUAGGGAAACCACCAAUUUGGCCCUUCUCAAGGAAUCGUUGGACAAGAGUGACAACAUGACAAAGAACAUGUUGUCUAUACUUGACACAUUCAACAACAGACUGCGGAAGCUGGAAGCUACAAUCACACCAGUUUAUCAAGAAACAGGGAACUUACAGAGGAGACAAGAGAAUAUUGACAAAAGUCUUUGUAAACUUGAUAAUGUGUUAAGUUUCUAUCAUGUUGCAAAAGAAGCUGAUCCUAUCAUACGAGAGGGGCCUAGCUCUGGUUUGGAGACGUAUUUGGAUUGCAUGGCUAAACUGAGAGGAGCAGUGAACUACUUCACAGAAGAUAAUCCAGGAAGCCCUGAACUCUCUACUGUUAGCAAUCUGUAUGAGACUGGCAAAGACAAUUUGGAGCGAGAGUUUAGUUCUCUGCUGAAGCGACACAGUAAGCCAGUUACCCCCGUGGCGGUUCUAAACAUGAUUGGAACAGAUGAAGAACUGCCAAGCGACAAGCGUCCAGAGAGUGUAUGCAGUGCUGGCAGUAUAUUAGGUGUCGAGCAUAUAUCGGACAGAGUGGUCGAGGAACUUGUUCAGAUAACAAAAUGGCUUGUUGACAACAGAGCAUCGACUGAAUUCAUGAAUGUUUACGCAACGGUCAGGUCAAAUAAUCUCAUGAAAACUUUGCAAGGAGUAAAGGAUCAUUUGCGGAAGGCAAGCAGUGGUAGUACAUCCCACGGUACCCCCCACUCGCCUCUUGUAACGGCAAAAAUGAGAGGUGCAAAAGACACUCCAACCAGGCGGACUUCCAAGAGAGUCGCAACAUUUGCCCGCAAGUCAACAUCACUGAUACGAGGUUCAAUCCACUCUUUACCCAUUGAUCCAAGUGGCCUGAAGCGGCAGCCAUCUUUCAGCCUUGAUAUCAAAGAAGAAGGCAGUGAGAUUGACAUAGAGAUCUAUAUGAGCUGCAUCUCGGCUUUACUUAAGUUGGCACAGAGUGAAAACCAGCUCCUGAUGAGAAUUCUUCCACACGAAUACCAGCGGAAAACAUUCGAUCUCCUGAUCCAGUCGUCGUUGGAAUCGAUUGUGAACGAGGGAGAACAGAUUGCCAUUUCAGCCAGGAAGUUGAUUGCUAAACACGACUUCUCUGGCCUGUUGUCCAUCUUCCCUGUGGUGAAACAUCUACGCUCGGUCAAGGUGGAAUUUAUACAGACUUUGGAGGGAUGUCAGGCACCGACGCGACAUAAGCUGACCUCACUCAUGGACUCGCUCAGUACUACAGGUGCCAAAGCAUUGGAGUCAUUCAUCGAAAAUAUAAGGAAUGACUCUGAUAAACAAUCCAACAUGCCCAAGGACGGAACAGUCCAUGAACUUGCUAAUAAUGUGCUGAUCUUCCUUGAACAACUGAUGGAUUAUGGAGAAACAGCAGGUGCUAUGCUUCUAGAACAAGAAGCCAAAACCACACCCACUGACCUCAAACGUGAUGAUAUUUUUAAGCAUAAACUUGCUGAUUAUAUAAACAAGGUGCUGUGUGCAUUGAACCUCAACCUGUGUAACAAAUCUAAUUGCUACGGAGAGACUCUGAAGGCCGUCUUCAUUCUGAACAACUACAAUUAUGUACUCACUUCCAUGAAGAGAUCUGGCGUAUUAGAAGCGCUAACAGCUUAUAACAAAGAUGUCGAGAAGUACUAUAAUGAGCAACUCCUUGAGCAUAUGAGGUUGUAUUCACAAAGUUGGAGUCGUGUCCUUCAUUACAUCUAUGAGCCAAGCAAACCUGCCUCACUUCAGAAGACUCCAUCGCCGGAGUCGGGGAAGUUAAAAGAUAAGGAGAGGCAAACUAUCAAAGAUAAAUUUGCUGGUUUCAACAAAGAGAUGGAGGAGUUAUUCCGUACGCAGAAAACGUAUGCUAGUCCUGAUCCAGAAUUACGUGCCAAACUCACCAAGGACAACAAGGACUUUAUUCUGCCCAAAUACAGAUCAUUCUUGGAGAAAUACAUGACAAUGAACUUUUCAAAAACUCCAGAUAAAUAUACGAAAUAUUCCGCUGACGAUGUGAGCUACAUGAUUGAUCAGUUCUUUGAAGGUGCUAUGUGAGACGACUGUGUUUGGUUGGUGGUCAAGGUUUGCAUCUGAUAACUUGGCGGCCUAUUAUUAUUCCAUUGGUGAUGUACGAGAAUGUAGCUUAUAAUCUUGGGUGCUGUCUUCAGUUAUAGUAAGGUUGUUUCUUUAGUUAUAACUUGGAUGAAUGAAAAGACAGUAGGCAGGUGAGAUUUUAAGAAAAGGUGCAUCGUUAACAUUUUUGGCAGGAAUGAUAUUGUCUGGUGAAAGACAUCAUCUUCUCAGAUCAUUAGAGUGUUGUUGGUGAUUCUCCUGUGGAUAUUGCCGAGAUGCCUUCUCACAUGGUCAAUUAUUUUAUUUGUAGCUGGUUGAAGCUAUUGGGGUAAAGUUUUUAUCAAGUCCUACUGAACAUUGGCAAAGGGGUUACUGGUACCACACUUGAUUAACUGAAAAAGACAAAACCUGAGAUCAAAAAAUAUUACAAAUCAGGCAAUCUAAGUACAGAUAUCUAAAAAUACUACUCUUGAAGUAGUUAUGCCUCUCCUGCAUUGUCUAAUGUUAUGUAAACUCUGAUGAUGUACGAUUUGUAUACUGUACUAUAUGACUGUACAUUUGAU